CAGUCUCUCUCCUGCGGUCACCGUGGUAGUGUGUGCUGUGCUCCCUGUCGUCCUCCUCUAGGGAUCAAAUGUGUCUUUGUAGAUUUCGUUUCACUUGCAUAUGAAGCUGAGAAAUUUGAACGAAGCAUAGGAAGCUAUCUCUACCUACUAACUAGUAACUACUGUUGGAUAGGACGCCGCGGACUAGUGCUAUCUUCAAUAUACUUGAUUCUUUUUAGUUACAUUCUAGUGACGCGAUGGCUUCUAGAAAGUUAUUAUUAUCUCUAGUUUGUUUGGUGUGUUGCGUGUCUGUAAUUGCCGAACCACAAUCACCACUUCAGGCCCCAAAUGCAGCGUCUCCGCCUGUAGUCAGCGAUUAUUCAGUCGGUACACAAAGUCAGCCAGUGUCCAUCAUAUUCGACAACAAACAAACUAUCGUCAACCCUGGCGAGAGUUUGAACUUGGAUUGCGGAGUCUCUGGAGACUUCCGCUACUGUCACUGGGAGACCGGCAAGCAGAACGCCAUUCAGGUACAAGAUGUAUACGACGGUUACAUUGAAGGCCUCAGCAAGCCUCAGAUUACGAAGGGCAACGAGUGCGGUAUCGUCAUCGAUGCUGUCACCAUAGAGGACCACGGCCCGUGGACGUGCAAAGUAUUCGUCAUCGGUCACACGCUACAGAACUCUAAAAACGUCACCGUUACAAUUAAACCCACGAGUCCAAUCCUGGAGGUGGCGAGACGUCCGCUGAUCGUGACCGAGGGAGACACUGAGACGAUCAGCUGCUCAGUGGCCGCUGCCAGACCCAGAGUCCAGAUCCACUGGUUCUUGGGAGACGAAGAUAUCACCUACAGCUCCCGUGUUGAGAACUCCCUUACAGAUAACAUGGGCACAUACAAGAGCAUCUCGACACUGACGCACAUGUUCAAGGCGUGGCACAACAAGAAGCCGCUACACUGCAUCGUGUCGCACUACACGCUCCUGUCGCCCAUUGAGGACUUCGUUGACGUUCAAGUCAAAUACAAGCCUUGGGGUAAGGACGUGAGGCUGUACGACAUCAGACUUGGGGAUGACGUUGAGGCUAAGGUGAACUUCUCGUCGAACCCUCCCCCCAGCGACAUCAAGUGGGGCUACGCUCCCUCCUACGAGCAAGUCGCUGCUGUGCUCCCCGUGCCUGGGGAAGAGGGGAGGUACUCCACGGAGAUGCUGACCCUGGAGGACGGUUCGUACAGCGUCAUUCUCCGCGUGCUCGGCUUCGACGAGAUGGACGCACGCAUGAGCUUCCAUAUUAAAGUCGCCAACGACAUCGGCGCGCGUGACUUUACCAUCAACCUCUCCACUGACGAGGCGCCUAAUGAUCAGUUAGCUGAUGGCUACGAUAAUGUCGCUACAUCUGAUCAAAUUCAGUCACAAGAGCCUCUGAGCAGCGGCACUUUGGCCGCGAUUGUGGUGGUGGUGCUGCUGGUGAUACUGGUGCUGCUCUGCGCUGUGUACAUGAAGUACAAUCACCUCUACUGUUUUGCGGAGAGAGCGGAGAGCAAGGCCUACAUCCAGGACCACGCUGCCGAGGCGGGCGACUUCCAGCACACGCUCGGUGCUCACAACAACGAAGCCGUUAAAGCCUCCAAUGAUCAGCUCAACGGCAAGCUAGAAAAGCCGGAGAACAACGUAACCACUCUCAACGGAAACGGAAAAGCCACCGCUAUCGAUCACAAUGACUUCAGUACGGUGCCUGCUGAAGAACGGAUUAACACUGACGUGUGAUCGAGCUUUGAUCUACUCUAGUGGUUAUUUUAUUAAUUAUUACUCUUACAUUUCAGAUAAGGUACUAUCUUACCCAUGACGUGAUGUGCAUCCUAUUAGUAUUUCCAUUCCUUCUUAAGAUGAUUCCGCGGUUUGUAAAAUACGCUGAUAUUAAUUACUCUCGACAACUACGUACUUUUAUCACUCGAUAUUUCUGAUCGUGUUUAAUGGGGAUAAUUAGAUGCGGGCUGAAAGGUAAUAGAGCAGACGCGUUGCUUAACAAAGUUAUUACCUGCUUUUAAUUGACGUGUCACUGGUGAAGUUAUUAAUUUUAUAACUGCAGGGUCUAUACAAAUUUCUUUUAUAUUUCUGUUGUCGUGUGUGCAUAUCAAAAACACUAACCACAUCCACGCAUCGUUGAUGUGUUAAGUACGUCUAGGAGAAAUCAGCUUCGUUUACUGUACUUGUGUAUAUUAGGCUGUAUAAUGGAGCGAUGCUCCCAAUAUCGAACCGCGUUCAACAUUCCCUAUAUUAUUAUCAUCCCAAAAAAAACGACGAUGAACUUAGUAAAUUUAAGUGCUCUGUGACCCCUCCUCCUAGGCGGGUGGUUACUCUAGGGGGGAUGUUAUGCGCUUUCUAUAGACGAGGUUUGCUUCGUCUACAAGGAGGCUGUUUCUCACAAAAUAUUCUAGGGCAUAUACAUAGAAAUUGAGCAUUAAUUUGUGUGCUUGUGUAUAUUGGCUGGAUUUUUUUUAUCAAGUGUUUCUUGUUGGUGUGCCUGUAAAUUCUGCUGCACGAUUCUCAGGUUAUAAUUUUCUGGUAUAACUGCGUUCUAUUUGGCAUGAUUCUUUCAACGCAUUUUAUCAUCAUUCAACAUUUUAGCUUCGUGACCACGGAUAGGAAACAUUAAAAAAAACUGAUCUUUCUAUCGCGUGGUAAAAAUUCUUUAAACGAGUUUUUCGUUACAAAAUUUGUCUUUUCGAUAGGUUGUCAAAGUAAAAUCAGAGACAAUUAAGUAUGCAACCAUAUAACAAUUAAUUUUGACUUCUGUUCAUUUUUUCAUAUGAAGUAUUGCGCCUUUUCCAAAACGCUUUGUUUCCGAAUUUAACUGGUUUUCAUGAUCUCUUCAAUUAUGGCUCAAAUUAUUCAUCACUAAAUCUUGCCUUCUUGCUGAUCUUUUCCUGCAUUAAAUUUACUGAUUCAGGUUGUAAGUUUUUCCUCAUUUAAUUGAACUUUCAUUGAAAAAUCUUGAUGAUUAAACUUGUGCUUCUCGAAGUCUGUACGGGGAUUCAUAAAAAAUGUCGCUGCAUAUUGUGGUAUAAUAUUUCUACGUGUUUGUUCUCUAUGAAACCUUGCUGUCCUUGGAGUCAAAUUGCGUUUCUAGUAUGCAUAGUUCUCUAGAAGUGUGUAUCUAACACUAUAACCGUUCUAGGUGAUGUAUUAGACUCGUUCAUUUUCUACGCGCUGUCCUAGAUGAUCUAUAAUUUGUCUAGAAUUUCCUCCUGUAAAAUUUUGUGAAGGAGCAUUGGUUGGAUCUCAUUCUUCAUACGGUGAUUUUUUUAGUAAAUAUCCUUCGAUAUUUAUAUGGAACGGAGGGUUCAAGUUGAGCGAAGUGUAAGACUGAAGGUAGAAGCAUUUGUUAACGUUAAAUUUUUAUUUCGUUCGAGUAGGUUAUUGAAGUUGUAUUUAAAAAAUCUGAGUAUCGUUUAUAACUUGCGUCUUUCUAGUGAAAAUUUUGAGCAGUUAUGAUCAUUAUAUUUUUUCCGUGAUAGUAACUUGACUGUUGAUCGUUGAACUUGGAAAAAUUGUAUUCAACGUUGGAAUGUUGAUGAGUAAAUUCGAAGCCCAGUUACCGUGGGCAUCCCUACCUACUUAAGAUAAACUCGUUUGCAUGCUUGUAAACGAACUAAUUAAGAUAAACAUGUUUACGUGCUUGUGAAGGGAGAAAUAACUAAAAUGAACUUGUUUACAUGCCUGUAAAAUCUUUAUGAUCCACCUUAGCCAAUAAGAAAACACAAAGAUGUUAUUGUGAGUGACCAAGAGAUGAUGCGUGUCUAGCUCUGUUGUCGAAAGACUCGAUUUUUUCAAAUUCUUUGCUGUAUCGCUGGUUAUUAUUUACAUGUAUUAUAAUUUCUAAUUUCUAGCUCGCCAGCAAUUUCUAUCGGUUUAAAUAUUGCUUGAAUAUCCGCAGAUUAUUCUUUACAGUGAGCGAUAGCCAAUUCCGAUAUGAAUUCGAUAUUUUGAUUCUUGAAUGGCACUUGUUCUAGAAUUUUUCUUGUUUCGUGAUUUCAUGCUGAAUAUUGAGAUGGUUUUCCAAGAAAUUUCAUGAAAGAUUUGCAUGAUGUUCAAAAUUUUCACGGAGAUUUGAGUUGCCGUCACUGGAUAUCUCGCUUUAGAGAUCAAAUAAAUUUUCGCACCAGGAUGGCGUUUUGCAUAUUUUUUACGAUCAUUGACGUGAGUUUUGUUGAUAAAUUCACUGAAUUUUACGUCUUGGAUAGGCAUGAGUGUAUGGAUCAUGCAACUGUAUUUUAAUUUAGUGUAAGAAUGUGUGCUGAGAGUGAACGAUAUUUUGAAAAUAAAUGAAUGAUGCGAA